AUGGUUUUUGGGAAGAAGAGGUCAAAGGAUGUCUUUCUGCCUUCUGUGCCGGAGGAUGAAGCCGCUGAGACGGCAGGUGAGCUGGAGCAGUGGGGACAAACAGGAACUGGACCCCUGAAAGACUUCAGCAGGGAAAGUGUGGACAGUCAGAAAACAGCGACCCAGACAAAGACCGACUCAGGGAGGCCAAGGGGCACACGGGCGAACUCUGACGAAAAAGUGCCAGACGGAGGUGAAAGAGGGGGAGAAGUGGAGGAGAUAGACAAGGAGCAGGUUGAAGAGAAAGAGGUGGGAGAUGAACAACAGGGAGCGAGGGCGUGCGUGAUGAGUGCCGAUGAGGACUACGACACUGACUUGGAGGUGGAAGAAAAGAAGAAGUCAUACGACCACACAGGAGAGACGCGAUACAUGAAGGCAUGCAAGAAGUUACAGGUGGUGCCGGCCUGUAGCUUCCUGCGACAGAUGCAAAACAGCGAGGUGUCCAUGAUGCACUAUGGCCUGGGGCCUAAGGGCACCAAAGCACUGGCGGUUGCCCUGGUAACCAACACUUCAGUACUGAGGCUGAACCUGCGAGAUAAUUGGACAGAAGGAAUGGGCGGAGCUGCAGUGGCGGAGAUGUUAAAGGAAAAUUGUUACAUUAAAGAGGUGGACUUGUCAGACAACAGAAUUGGGGAGCGUGGGGGCAAGGCCAUAGCCAGUAUGCUGCCGGGAAACACCACGCUGGUCAACCUCAACCUGUCAGGAAACUGUCUGAACGACCUCGUCGCCCCGGACCUCGGCGACGCCCUCAACGCCAACACGAUGCUAAAACGCUUGGACCUCAGCCACAACGCCCUGGGAGAGCUCGCAGGUGAAAGCCUAGCUGAGUGUCUGUCUGAGAACUCAGGUUUGAGAUCGCUGAGUCUGGCCUGGAACUGCAUAAGAGGGAGAGGAGCAGUUUUAUUGGCCAACAGCCUCAGGGAUAACUUAUUCCUCAGGACGCUGGAUGUGUCGUGUAAUGGCUUCGGAAAAGAGGGAGCCAUCGCUUUGGGAGAGGCACUUAAGGAGAACAGCACUCUGGAGGAGUUGAAUGUGAGCAACAACCAAAUACCCCCUGAAGGAGCCAUCCGCUUCGCCAUGGGCCUCAGAGUAAACAAGACCAUCAAAUCCCUGAAUAUUGGUAGGAACCCCAUUCAGAGUGCCGGCUGCUAUGGGGUCCUCCAGUCUUUACAGGCAAACCCGGAGUCAGCCAUGGAGAUGUUAGACUUUUCAGACAUCGCAGUCAACCAGGAUUUUGAGGAGUUGCGCAGUGCCGUGAAAGAUAUACUCCCCUCCCUUGUAGUAAAACACGGACGCAGAAUCGGAAAACCAAAAGCUGGAGGGGCAACCCUGUAAUUGCGGUACUUUUGUGCCAAAAGGAUGGAGGGAGCUUCGUCAAAGCUCCACGCACCAC